AUGCCUUCCAAGAAUAUCGACAACGUCACUCCCAUUGAAGUCACACCUGAUCAAUGGUACAAAUUGUGUGGACACCUUCCUGCUUUGGCAGAAGGAGAAACGUACUCACCGGAAGUCAUCGCCGGCUUCAGCGACGAACAAGUCAUGAUUAACGAAACCAUUGAAUCGCUCGCUGCCGGCACUUGCCUAUGCCUUGACAGGUACAGUCAAGCGAUCCUUGGAGUCAAUGCCCUCAACUUUCCGCACGUCCUACCAAGAUCUCGGUCUCGUGCAAAUACCCCGGCGGUCAAUUCACCCGUUGGCGCCACGGAAACGACGGCAGCUACUUCCAAAGGUGGUUCCUCGAAAACCCCUUCUGCCGCCAAUACACCAUUGCCUCUCUCUGAUCCUGGCUCAACUAAAACAAAGUCGAAGCCACUUUCCGCCCCUGGUGGAAUUUUGAAUACCACGCCUAUGAGCUAUUCCGCUGCGAUUGGCACCAUAAGUCCCGCAACCGGCUCGGCAGGGAUGCAGAACUCUGGUCGAUGUUCGACAUCUGGCAUCACCACUGGUCGCACCAUUACGAAUCAACCGGACACCACCCGUUCGGCCAACACGUUUCGGAAGGUCGACAGCCCGGGCUUUGCACCUUCCACCGCCUUGGGUUUGACUCUCGGCAGUGGGCCCCCGCGGAACCCUAAACCGGACGCUCCUCAUCUCAACACUCCCCGUGCUAAGGCCUUCACAUCUGCUGUCGAUAGUAUCAUGGCAGAUAAGGGUAAACGCUCCGAUCGUAUGGAGAUCGAGCCUUCUCCUCUUCCUCGUGACGGCACUGGUAUCGACAAUUCCGAGUCCCGCCAAUCCGACAUUACCGUCACCAUGCGACCUGAUCAGCUUCCUGGUUGGUUGGCCUAUCAGGAGUCUGUCGCUCGGAAGAUCAAGGCCGAAUGGGACGCAGAGAUUCUCAGAGGCGAAGACGUUGAAAUGUCUCCUCCUACCCGUCAUGAUCGGGCCUCCGCCAUGCCCAGUACCAGUCAACGCCCGGAUCCAACGGCUGGUCAUUUCAGUCCUCCCGGGUCUCCUCCUCCUAGCUCUCCAGCAUCGGGAGCUAGGGACGCUUAUCAACGUCCUCCACCUAUGGCCGGUCGUUCAAUCUUCGAAAACGACGCAUACCGUGCUUUUAAAGCCAUGAACGCCAAGAAGGCCCCGCGGUUCAGCGGCACGAACCACAAGGACGCCGCGACUUGGUGCGCCAGCACGGCCAAAUCCUUGUCCAUCUUGGGUAUCGACCGAUCCAUCUGGCACCGUGUUGGGAUGCAACUGGUCGAACACGCUGCUCUCACCAAAAUUGAGCGUGUCAUCGACACCGAAUUUGCCCCUCGGAACUGGGAAGAAUUCGUUACUUUACUUAAGAAGAAGUUUCCAUCCACCUUGACUGUCGAAGCUUUGUUUACUCGUUUCGGAAAUUUCGCUUUUCGCCCGAACGAGAAGGCUGUAGAAGCCUAUGGUCGGUUCCGUGUCAUUCAAAACGACGCCGACACUAUUGGACUGAAGUACGAGGUCGAAGCCAUGUGGAUCAAGAAAUUACCACCCAAGCUUCGCGAAUUAGUGCAGACUCAGGUUGAUCAAGCUCGUGAGAUGGGUCUCAAGAUGAAUAUGGAGCAAGUUGUUGAAUGCACUUACAAUAGGGAUGCCAGGAUCCAGGAAAAUCGUGAAACCUUGUAUUCCACCUCUGACAACUCUCGUAAGCAUUCUCGAAACAACAGCACCAAGAAACCUAAUCGACCCUCAUCCAGCAAGCGCAGGACCAAUAACAGCUCUUCCAUUUCCACCGAUCCACCUUCGAAGAGGUGUUACAACUGUGGCAAGGAUGGCCACAUUUUCGGUACUUUAUCUAAUCCGAUUUGUCCUGAUGCUCCUACUUCCCGCACUAUGAACUACUUCAAAACCCACAAGAAGCCUGAGAAAGAUUCUGCCUCCGGACCAUCAAAAGAUUAG